AUCGAUGAGGAUCUCAAGGAAGAGAACGUGAGGCAGCUGUUAAACCAGGAAGUAGAUUUUGACAAACCGGGAGCGGCGCAGUAUUACUGCCCUCAUUGCGCGAAAUAUUUUAUAAACAACACUGCUUUGCAUACUCACUUCAGUACCAAGGUUCACAAACGACGAAUAAAAGCACUCGAGCUAGAGCCAUACAGUAUUGAAGAAUCGGAAAGAGCGGCGGGCAAGGGAAAUUACAUCGCGCCGCAAAAGCGGAAGAUUGAAACUGUGACUCGGGAGAACUUUAAUAUAAAGGAUAAGAUGGAUGCUGAGCCAAAUGCUAACGUAAUGAAAAUAAGUGAAUAGAAAGUUGUAAGAGCUCGUUUCGAGUCACUGUAUCUUCACUGUAUCAUGCAAGAAGGAAUUUAAAUUUAGACACAAUGACCAAUAACUUGUAUAGACUCACUUGCGCUUUAAAGCGCACGUAUAAAAUUUUGAUGCGCGACGUACGUCGAAAGACUUUUCCUCCAAAUUUCGAGAGGGACUAUAGUUCAGCGCUGUACAUUUCUGGUAAUAAGGCUCACAAAGCGUUCGCAUAUCUGACACCAUAUUUGGACAUGGACGAAAAAUUUGCCAAUAUAGACAAAUUACAGAAAAAUCUGACAUUGCGCGGAAUAGAUAUGGACGUCGUGCAAUUGAAAGAAGCGUGGGAUUUCUAUAUGAAGAUAAUGGCGGACAAAUAUGCAUUGGAGGACAAUAACACGGAGCUCUCAGGUCGCAUAAAAACCUUGCUGGAGAAUGCCGAACGUACCGCUGAGCAGGAGCAAGAGGUACUCAAGUUGCGCACGCAGCUUAAGAUCAUUCGGCAGGAUCUAAAGACGAUAAAGGAAGCGAUCUGGGAUAUGGAAGAAAAUGUGAUAGAAAGGAUCUUGAAGUUGCCAAAUGAGCUGGAUCCUAGAACGCCCCUUGACAAACCGGUGAUACUGAAAAGUGUUGGCAACGUGCUCCAGGUAUCGGAGAAAAACAUAAGGAGUCACAUUGACAUCGGAACGAAUCUAAACUUACUAGAAUACAAGAAUCCUUUAUAUUAUUACUUAAGCAACGACGCAGUCUUAUUCGAGCUCGGGGUACUGGCGCAUGCAGGCCGAGUACUUGGCGAGAACAAUAUGAUCAAGAUGAUUGGCACGGACUUCAGUCGCAGUCUUCUAGUGGAAGCUUCCGGCCUAAACCACGAAGAUCCCAUGGCCGCCUUCUUGAUAGAGAACCACAACGAGGUCGAGAGAGACUCACCGAAUCGCAUGCACCUAGUCGGCGGCGCGAGCCUGAUCUCUUUUCUGGCGUUGCAUACAAAGCAGCUGAUAAAUCCUAAAAGUUUCCCGCUCAAGUAUUUCGCCACCGGUAGACAAUAUACACCGUUGCAACGAGAUUCGCACGCUUGCGGCUUGUUUACGGCAUGUCAGGCUUCCGUGGCGCACGCUUUCGUCGUAGUGAAAGAUUCUAAGAGCGAGCUCUAUAAGAUAUCGUUCGAGGAACUUUUGGAAACCGUGUGCAGAUUGUACAAUGAUUUGUGCGAACACUAUCGCGUCAUCGUCCGAUCUGCAUCCGAGUUGCAGUCUUGCGAAGAGAUGCGCGCGUCCUUUGAAAUGUGGUCACCGUUCAUGAAUCGGUACGUCGAGAUUGGCCAUGUGUCCGCAUAUGGCGAUUAUUUCAGCAAGAGAUUACUGAUUGCCUAUCAAACGCCCACUGGUAGGGACUUCCCCGCAAUAAUAUCGGGCACUGUUCUUUCCGUUCCGCGUCUGUUAGCUUGUCUGCUGGAACAAAAUCCCAACAGGUUUGUGAUUCCAUCAAAGAUUGCCGAACUUACACCGUCAAACGAUCACGUUGCUGUGUAAAGUAGUUACGAAAGGAAUUUUGCCUAUGAUAUUCUACUAUAGUUUGUUUAUAUGUAACAUAUGAUCCUUUUGCAAUUUUUUUAUUUUUAUGUCUUUGAUAAUUGUGUAACAACAUACUUCGUAUCGUUGUGUUAUUAAGACUUGUAUUAUAUAUGAAUAUAUAAUUAUUUUGCAUUAACAAUAAAUUAUAAGCAAAAGAUCAAUCAAAAUUGGCACUUUUUACAAAAAGAAAUUUCUGCUGGAAUAAAAAUGAUAAAUAAACAUCUUGAAAAUA